AUGAUAAGGAUGAACAUAGUUGGCAUAGAGUCAAACAACAGCUGGAGCAAGAAUUGGUUUCAGCGAACACUAAGACAAGAAAAUAUCAAUUCAACUGAAGAUUUAAGAAAAUUAACAGAAAAGAAUUUUAAGUAUAAACAGAACUUGAUUUUGUUUAAUGAUGAAGUAAGAAAAUUAUUAGACAAAAAUAAACUACAAAGUGAAACAAUAAUCAAGCAAAAGAAGCUUAUUGAAGUGAUGCAAUUUAAACUAAUAGAAAAAGCUAAAAAGUAA